UUGCUUAGCAAGCGAGGCCAGUCCGCUAGGGAAAGCUGCCGGGAAAAGGAAGAGCGGCUCCAGCAUGACAGCCUCGCCAGAGUGAGCUGCUGUUGCUGCUGCUCGGGCGACUGGAGACGCCGCGUGCCCUUUUCCGGGCAAUGCAGAUAAACUCAACUGAGAAGAACACAAUUGUGAUGUUGCUGAAGAAGAUUCAUAGAAAAAAUUUCUGGAUGAUCAUUGACUGACGGCUUUGCCUGAUGUGGUUUAGUGAGCAUCACAAUAGCCAGAACAAGUUGUUCUACAUUCCUUUAUUUGAAUUACCAGGAGGCAACUGUUUUGUGGACAAGUCAAAGCCUAUUUGGAUUUAUUUCCAUGAAUAGGAUUUUAAGGAUGGAUUAUUUUCGAGCCUUCACAUUUCUCUUUAUGCUGAUAUUAUCCAGAGGCGUCACGGCAGACACAGAGAAGAAAACCCCUGAUUCAGGAUUAGAAAUCUAUAAGAAGCUGUUCGAAGUGAAACGCAAAGACCAGAUGAAUGCGUUGAAGAACCUGAUUGAGCUCAACGAUGUGAACCAACAAUACAAGAUCAUAGACAUCAUGCUCAAGGGUCUUUUCAAAGUUCUUGAAGACUCGCGGGCUGUACUUAUAGCAGCAGAUGUCCCUCCAGAUGGGCCGUUCCCUCAGGAUGAGAAGCUGAAGGAUGCAUAUUCCCAUGUGGUGGAGAACACUGCAUUUUUUGGUGAUGUAGUCCUGCGUUUUCCCAAGAUAGUACACCAUUACUUUGACCGCAACUCCAACUGGAACAACCUGAUUCGCUGGGGAAUUGGCUUCUGCAAUCAGACAGGUGUAUUUGAUCAAGGUCCGCACUCGCAAGUCCUCGGAUUGAUGGCUCAAGAGCUUGGAAUAAGUGAGAAAUCUCCAGAAUACCGGAACCCCUUUAAAACAGACAAUUCUGAAUUUUUCCCCAGUGCGGACACAUUCCAGAAGGCUCUCCGGGAGGAAGAGAAGCGAAGGAAGAAAGAGGAGAAGCGGAAGGAGAUCCGCAAGGGGCCUCGCAUCUCCCGCUCACAGUCGGAGUUGUAAUGCCGCCACCUGCUCCUGUCGCCGUGACUUGCUCUGGGCGGGAGAUGGAAGCUGCUGGGACAGGCGCAUCCCAGUCCCUUGGUGACCUCAGGAAAACGCCAGGAUGUUGCGGUUUUGUUUUGUAAGGUUUUGGAAGUUUGUUUCUUCUUUCAGCAAGACGUUGGCUAACGACUGGAUUGAGCUGUGGGAAGCGCCCCAGGCAGAGAUUGCGGUCUUUGAGCACAUCUUCCCUUAUGGGAAGGCUUUUUCGAGUAAUUGGAAUGUACAGAGUUUGUCAGAGGCUGUUCCUCAUGUAUUUUUGUUUCAUGUGGCUUUUGCCAGUUUGUAACGCUUAGGGAGAGGGGCGGCGAAAGGGAAGUUCUCUGGCUCAUGCCGCCUCUGCAGUUCAUAACACUAGAGGUUGUGAAUUGUUGUGCAGUCAGAAUGGUAAGGGAACACAGAAUUGCAAGAUUAACUUGAGGGGGCAGCAGAAUCACCUUCAAAAAGUUAAGGGUUCUAAGAGUUAUGGAUUAAGGACAUAGAUUCUUUGGGAUUAUUCACACACUGACAGAGUACUCCUUUUGAAUGUACCUAGGAUACGUCAAAGAGGUGCUGUUAUUAAAAUGCCGUAAUAAUCCACA